CCUGUCGGUGGGUGCCGCGACACUCCGCGGUCCGCGUUUAAUUCAUAUCAGAUAUUUUAUCAUUAAGUGGAAAAAAAUCGGUGAAAAUGUCAACGUUACCACACAGCAAGAAGCGUGUCUGCUACUACUACGAUAGUGACAUUGGAAAUUAUUAUUAUGGACAAGGACAUCCUAUGAAGCCACAUCGUAUAAGGAUGACACAUAAUUUACUUUUGAAUUAUGGUCUUUAUAGAAAAAUGGAAAUAUAUCGUCCACAUAAAGCUACAGCAGAUGAAAUGACAAAAUUCCAUAGUGAUGACUAUAUUAGGUUUCUAAGAUCCAUAAGACCAGAUAAUAUGUCAGAGUAUAAUAAGCAAAUGCAACGAUUUAAUGUAGGAGAAGAUUGUCCUGUUUUUGAUGGUUUAUAUGAAUUUUGUCAAUUAUCAGCUGGAGGCUCUGUAGCUGCUGCUGUAAAACUUAAUAAACAAGCCUCAGAAAUUUGUAUAAAUUGGGGUGGUGGUUUACACCAUGCUAAAAAAAGUGAAGCAUCUGGUUUCUGUUAUGUAAAUGACAUUGUACUAGGAAUAUUGGAACUACUUAAAUACCAUCAAAGAGUUUUAUAUAUUGAUAUUGAUGUUCAUCAUGGAGAUGGUGUAGAAGAAGCAUUUUAUACCACUGAUAGAGUAAUGACGGUUUCAUUCCAUAAAUAUGGUGAAUAUUUUCCUGGUACUGGUGAUCUGCGUGAUAUUGGUGCAGGAAAGGGAAAAUACUAUGCAGUCAACAUACCAUUAAGAGAUGGUAUGGAUGAUGAAAGUUAUGAGUCAAUAUUUGUACCUAUUAUUUCAAAAGUGAUGGAAACUUUUCAACCCUCUGCUGUUGUACUACAAUGCGGUGCUGAUUCAUUGACAGGGGAUCGAUUAGGUUGUUUCAAUUUAACUGUGAGGGGUCAUGGAAAAUGUGUCGAAUUUGUAAAAAAAUAUAAUCUACCUUUUUUAAUGGUUGGCGGUGGUGGAUAUACAAUUAGAAAUGUAUCCAGAUGUUGGACAUAUGAAACUUCAGUAGCUCUUGGUUCAGAAAUUGCAAAUGAGUUACCUUAUAAUGAUUAUUUUGAGUAUUUUGGACCUGAUUUUAAACUGCACAUCAGUCCUUCGAAUAUGGCAAAUCAAAAUACUCCUGAAUACCUUGAGAAAAUUAAAACCAGAUUAUUUGAAAAUCUAAGAAUGUUGCCUCAUGCGCCAGGUGUACAAGUUCAGCCAAUUCCAGAAGAUGGUGCUGUUAUCGAAGAUUCAGAGGCAGAGGAAAAAGUAAAUCCUGAUGAAAGAUUACCACAACGGGAUUUAGAUAAAAGGAUACAACAUGAAAAUGAAUACAGUGAUAGCGAAGAAGAGGGCGAAGGGGGGCGAAGAGAUAACAGAUCAUUUAAGGGUUCUAGAAAACGACCUCGCUUAGAGAAAGGACAAGAAGGUAUAGAAAGUGAUCUGAAGAAAGAAGAGGACAUAAAAUCAGAACCAAAAGAAAAUGAAAAGGAUGAGAAAACGAAUGUUACAAACGAGGAAACAAAGAAAGACGGUGGGGCGAAUCCCUGA